AUGCCAUCACCAUAUAUGGUGAAUAAUCUUCUAGUAGCACAAUUGAAAGAGUUUUUACUUGAAGAUGGAAAAAGAAUACGAUGGAGCUUAGAGAGAAUUGCGCCAGCAUUAAAAAAUCGAUAUCGAGAAUAUCAACGGCAAAAAUUACGACCAUUUACACGUUCUGUUGAAAAAGCUUAUGAAAUUCUAUUAGCCGAUAAUGAAUUUCUUUCAUUUGUAUCGGCGAAAAAUGAAAAUUUAAAAGAUGAUGAGAUAUCAUCAGAUUCAGAAGAUGAAUGGGAUCAACAAGGUGCUCAUCGUCCGAAUACAAUGAAUCAAAUGGUCUCUAAUCUUUAUGCAAGUAAUAUUGGAGCAUCUUCGCAAGGAAACUCGAACGUUCAAAUGGAAACAUCAACAAAACCUGAAGAAGAACAACAAGCAAAACGAAAGCAAACAACUGAAAAAUCAGCCAAAAAAGUCAAAAGAAAAAGACCAGCAGAAUCAACAUUGACAAAUGAUGUCGAUGGUCCUGAUGUUGAAUAUUCGACAAUAACAUUUGAACAUUUUGCUGCAUCUGAUUCUUUUAAAGAAAAUUUAAUUCGUCGAAUUUAUUUCGUAUUACGACCAGAAGGAUUUAUUCAAAAUGGUAAAACUCCACCACGUGGAUUUCUUUUACAUGGACCACCUGGUGUGGGAAAAUCUCUAUUAGCUCAAGCACUCGCUGGAGAAUUAAAAUUACCGAUCCUAAAAACAACAUCAACUGAAUUAGUUUCUGGCAUAUCCGGUGAUUCCGAAUUUAAAAUUCGUAAAUUAUUCGAACAAGCUAAACGUCACUCUCCAUGUAUUUUAUUUAUCGAUGAGAUUGAAGCAAUAUCACAACGGCGUGAAUCAGCAUCGAAAGAUAUGGAAAGACGCAUCGUUACUCAAUUAUUAGCAUGUCUUGAUGAAUUAUCUCGUUUACCAAUGACUCGUGUUGUUAUUAUUGGUUCAACAAAUCGACCUGAUUCACUUGAUCCAGCACUGAGACGCGCUGGCCGAUUUGAUCAUGAAAUUUCACUUGGUAUCCCAAAUGAAAUUGAACGGCGAAGAAUUUUAACUAUGAUGUGUCGCAAAUUAACAUCCCUUGAUGCAACAUUUGAUCUCGAUGACGUUGUAAUGAAAACGCCUGGUUUUGUUGGCGCUGAUUUAAGUGCAUUGAUUGAUGAAGCAUUAGUAGCAGGAUUGAAUAGAAAGAUGAACAUGGAUUUGAAUACUAAUCAAUCGAUGAUUGAAUGGAUAAAACAAAAAAUUCAUGAGCCAGAAAGUGAGCCUGAAACUUCUGUAUUGAAUUCAUAUACGAUUACAAUGAAUGAUUUUCAUAUGGCUUUGAAGAGUGUUCAACCAUCAAGUAAACGAGAAGGUUUUGCCACAGUACCUGAUGUUACAUUUGAUGAUAUUGGUGCAUUAAAAGAUGUUCGUGAAGAACUUAGUAUGGCUAUUCUAGCAUCUAUUCGUCAUCCAACUUUGUAUGAUCGUUUUGGAUUUGUUCGAUCGCCCGGUGUAUUACUUGUCGGUCCACCAGGAUGUGGUAAAACUUUACUAGCUAAAGCUAUUGCUAAUGAAUCUGGCAUUAAUUUCAUAUCAGUUAAAGGACCUGAACUAUUAAAUAUGUACGUUGGUGAAAGUGAGCGAGCUGUUCGACAAGUAUUUCAACGAGCACGUGAUUCAAAUCCAUGUGUAAUAUUUUUUGAUGAAAUCGACGCAUUAUGUCCACGUCGUACAGCUCAUGACACUGGCUCGACAGCUCGAGUUGUUAAUCAAUUAUUAACGGAAAUGGAUGGAGUUGAUCAAACAACAACAACAAGCAAACGAGUUUAUGUCAUGGCAGCCACAAAUCGAAUGGAUAUUCUCGAUCCGGCUAUACUUCGUCCCGGUCGUCUCGAUAAACAUAUUUAUGUUGGUCUUCCAAAUGCUCAAGGUCGAUUUGAUAUUCUUAGAACAAUUACGAAAAAUGGUACUCGACCGCCACUAGCAUCGGAUGUUAAUUUAGAAGCGAUUAGUGAUGAUGAACGAUGUCAUGGUUAUACUGGUGCCGAUCUCGCUGCAUUAAUUCGUGAAGCAUCUGAAGUUGCAAUGACGGAACAUAUUUUGAAAUCAUUAUCUAUAGAAAAUGCCUGUGUCUAUCAAUCACAUAUAGAUCGAGCUUUUAGCAAAAUGAUUCCAUCCGUUUCUGAAGCGGAUCGUCAUCGAUAUGAAGAACUUCGUCAAUCAUGCCUUCGUUUGUAA